UGGGGUUGAAAGUGAUGCUCCCUUCGUCCAAACUAACAAAGACGAGUAAAGAUGAAACUUCAGUACCUUUAGAACAAGCAGAAACGUCUUUUUCAGAUGUGACAGGAAAUAGUGAAGACAGAAUGCAUCGCCAGCAAUUUGCUCGCAAUAUCGCUUUCUUUGGGGAAGAGGGACAAAGACAAAUCGAAAAUGCGCAUAUUGCUAUUGUGGGUUUAGGAGGAGUUGGAAGCCACGCAGCUCACAUGCUUGCUCGCUCCGGUGUCGGCAACUUCUCGUUUUUUGAUUUCGAUGUCGUGACUGUCUCUUCGCUCAAUCGUCAUUCCGUGGCUGUGAGAAAAGAUAUCGGCAAACCCAAAGUGGAAGUCAUGAGAGACCACAUCUUGGAGUUCAACCCAAUGGUAAAUAUCACUGUACAGCGAGUUCUGGUGUCGAAGGACAAUCUGCCUUCGUUGAUCGAUUCUUCCUGUGAUUUUGUUGUGGACUGCAUUGAUGACUACUCCUCGAAAGCAGAUCUCCUCGAGUACUGCAUUCGGAACAAUAUCAAGGUGAUCUCAAGCAUGGGAAGUGGAUGUCGCAGCAAUCCCACUUCGCUUCUCUUCACCAACAUCACCGACGUGAAGUACGAUCCCCUAGCCGCGAAGAUUCGCCACACACUAAAAAAGCGCGGCAUCGACUUCGAUUCGAGCGAGUUUUCCAACCAAACCACCGAGACGGAUUCCAUGAAAGCCACGAUCGUGAACACAUCGUCCGGUGUUUUCAUUCCGUGCGUGUCUUCCUACGAGAAGCCAGUGGUUUCCAUCAUGUCUUAUGAGGAAAGCAAGCAGGAGAAGACGCAGGAGAACGACAUGAUGAUCGAAGCUGCGCGGCAAUCCAACUCGGAAGAACCCAAAGUGGCGGAAGCGAUCGCUGCACCGAGCUCUUCGACGAUGCGCUAUCGCACGAUUCCGGUGUAUGGUGAGGUGUUCGAAUCGUGGGUGACGGCUGUAGGAUGUGUUCCAGCCGCUUUUGGGAACGCAAUCUGCUCGUAUAUUCUGCACUCACUGUCUCAUAAGUCCUUCCUGGCGAGUUCGGUCGUGCCUUUAUCGCAAGACGUGUUGCUAAAGCUGUGCAACACUCUGCAGACCAAGGAGAAGAAGCUGUACGGGAACACGGCGCUUCCCAUCGAUCGCUUCGAUGUAAUGUUCCUGGUGCAAAGCAUCUUUCAUCAGCGCAGCAUUCUAUCGGGGAAAUCCAUCGCAGGAUCGAGGCUUGAACUAACUCGCUGGGAUACGUCGAAGCCACCUACGCUGGAUAACGUUGUGCUGCUGACUGCGGAGGAGUGUAGAAAGCACGAAUCGACUCCAUUCGCGGAGAUCGAUCCUGCCAUUAAAAGCAGAGUGCAGAGUGUGAUCGAUCGCUUUGCAACUCCCGAGCUCCGUGAUCAAUGCUAUUUCUGUGUUGUUUGUAUCAUCAAAGAAGCCAUUCAUAUUCGUAUUGUUUUAAUAAGGUCAUCACUUGUUCGUGCGAUGAAUCGAUCUUGCUCGCCAGAAAGAGAAUUCGUUUGCUUUCAGGAAUAUUCCCGAUUUCGUGAUAACACUGAGCCAUAUCGAUAUACACCGAGAUCUCGAGACUGCACCGCGCUCGCACCUUCUCAUAGCAGUAGAUCGCCUUUUUGUAUUGUUUGUUUCUCUUCAAGAGCUCCGCUUUGA